GUGGGGGAGGGGGGGCCGCCGGGCCGCUGUUUGUUGUCAUCCCAAGAUGGAGUUUCUGCUGGGGAACCCGUUCAGCACCCCGGUGGGGCAGAGCCUCGAAAAGGCCACAGAUGGCUCUCUGCAGAGUGAAGACUGGACACUUAACAUGGAGAUCUGUGACAUUAUCAACGAGACAGAAGAAGGUCCAAAGGAUGCCAUUCGAGCACUGAAGAAGAGGCUGAAUGGAAACAAAAAUUACAGAGAGGUUAUGCUGGCGCUAACGGUGUUGGAGACCUGUGUGAAGAACUGUGGCCAUCGCUUUCACGUCUUAGUGGCAAACCGUGACUUCAUAGAUGGUGUUCUGGUGAAAAUCAUCUCGCCCAAGAAUAAUCCCCCCACUAUUGUACAGGAUAAAGUACUAGCACUGAUUCAGGCUUGGGCUGAUGCCUUUCGAAGUAGCCCUGAUUUAACUGGAGUAGUGCAUAUUUAUGAAGAACUCAAGAGGAAAGGCAUAGAGUUUCCCAUGGCAGAUCUUGAUGCUCUGUCUCCAAUACACACACCACAGAGGAGUGUUCCUGAAGUUGAUCCUGCAGCAAAUAUGCACAAUUCACAGUCUCAGCAAAGGAUGAGCACCAGUUCUUACUCUUCAUCCUCUCCAACGGCGUAUUCUGCUCCUCAGGCCCCAGCUUUGAAUGUGACUGGUCCCAUCACUGCUAAUUCUGAACAGAUUGCCCGGCUGCGCAGUGAACUGGAUAUUGUUCGUGGGAAUACAAAAGUGAUGUCUGAAAUGCUGACAGAAAUGGUACCUGGACAAGAGGAUUCCUCAGACCUUGAGUUACUCCAGGAACUGAACCGAACCUGUAGAGCUAUGCAGCAGAGAAUCGUGGAGCUUAUCUCACGAGUGUCCAAUGAAGAAGUCACAGAGGAGCUGCUGCAUGUGAAUGAUGAUUUAAAUAACGUCUUCCUCCGAUACGAAAGAUUUGAACGAUACAGAUCGGGACGUUCAACACAAAAUGCCAGCAAUGGAGUACUGAAUGAGGUGACAGAAGAUAACUUAAUAGAUUUGGGUCCUGGCUCUCCAGCUGUAGUAAGCCCCAUGGUCGGAAACUCAGCACCCCCGUCUUCACUUUCUUCACAGCUUGCAGGGCUUGACUUGGGUACAAACAGCGUCAGUGGCACACUCAGCUCUCUACAACACUGUAAUCCUCGUGAUGACUUCGACAUGUUUGCACAGACAAGAGGCAGUUCCUUGGCUGAGCAGCGAAAGAACGUGACGUAUGAGGAUCCACAGGCUGUCAAAGGACUAGCAUCUGCCCUGGAUGUUCGAAAACAGAACACAGGAGGGAGGAGAGGUAAAGGUGGGAACUCAGACAUGGAGCCUAUAGACAAGUGGCUAAUUACACAAGGAAUGAUCCCUGUUGCACAGUCCUCUGUCAUGGAUGACAUUGAGGAGUGGCUCAGUACCGACUUGAAAGGAGACGAACUGGAAGAAGGAGUGACCAGUGAAGAGUUUGACAAAUUUUUAGAAGAGCGAGCCAAAGCGGCGGAGAUGGUUCCCAAUCUGCCAUCCCCUCCCCUGGAAGCCCCCACCCCUCCGACAAAUCCUUCCAGCAGGAAAAAGCAAGAGCGCUCGGAGGAUGCCCUCUUUGCACUGUGAAGAUUGCUCUUAGCCGCCCUCCCACCCCCAUGCUCUGCAGGCGAAUGUCGCUGUACGGCCACUUUGUCCUCCCACCAUACUUGGCUAACAACAACCCCUUUCCCCCUGAUUUCAUAGAUUGCUUCUCCUUCCCCCCCCUCCCCAAACAAUCCACCCCCACAAGCUGACUCUUUCUAUUUAAGUCCAACACUAUUCCUGCCAGACCACGAUUCUCCAGCACUCGCUUAAUCCCCUCCUUCCUAUCCCAGCUGCACAAAACCAGCUCUUGAUGCUGAAAACCCCUUUAGAAUGCAUGAGUACGUCACACUGUGUUGAAACAAAAGCCCAGAGGGGAGAGAGCAGCCUUGCCCUUCAAUUUAUGUAGGGAUCAUCCUCUUCUGUAGGCAGGUCCUGCCAAGUAGACUGCUCUGUCGAUCAGCAUGUAAUUGACUGAGCUGGAAUGUUCAGGAGGAGCGUGUCUUUAUUUUUAGAUAAAAUGUUAAUGUAUUGGCUUUCGUGUCGGAUUCGACAGCAAGGAACAACUGUUCCCCUUUCAACAUGUGCUUCACAAGUUAAAAUCCUUUACUCUCCCACUCACACAUCUCCUGGUACCAUAUGGUGGUCGCUUUUCCCCACUUUGUGCGGCGCUUCAUAUUCUAAAUCUCACAGGGUAUUUUUUUUCCUUGUGUUUUAUCUGGGCUUGCUCUAAUUUGAAAGCAGUCUGUUGGCCAUGUCCAGUAGCUCUGGCAGUUGACGAGAAUGAAAAACGCUGAGCUAAAUGGAUGCUGUAACAUUAGCGCAUGAAGCAUUUUGCUCUUUGGGAGAGCAUUCUCACAUGAGGAUUUUUUCUAGUGUGUUUGCCUUUUAAAAUAGCUAGGUUAUUUUUUCCUUACCUUAGAUUCCUUCUUCAGUGACUGUAGAGCUCUGCAUUUGUCUCAGCUGUUGUUAAUAACAUCCAUGCAGAUGGAUGGGACUUGCUCAUGGACUGGGUGUGAACUGAGGUUCCUGGAUUCCCUGCCAUGCCCGGUAGGAUAGACACACUGGUUCUUGGUGGUAGGUAUGAGAAAAAGAGGCAAACCUCACAGAGGCUUGUAUGAAAAUGCUGAGGGAGGUGGUUACUGUGGAGGGAUUAGCCAUGCCUGCCUGUGCUGGAGGUGAAACUCCUCAUUUCCUUCUAGGUUUGGGCCUGACAAAGUGUUGGAUGAUUGUGGCCAUGCUAUUUGUAAUUUCUGGAGUGUCCUUUGAUACCUCUGCCCCUUUAUUAACUCCCAGCUCCUACGGGGCUGCAGUCUCCCUCCUGUCUGUGCAAACAAGCAUAUUCCCUUGCUUGCCAGAGGCAUGGUGGAGAGUGCUGCUCUUCCUGGAGCUGCCAGAAGGGAUUCCAGCAUGUGUGCCUGCCUUGCUGGGCUGACAAGCAGAGCUGGAGCAGGCAGCUCCAGCCAUCGCUGCAUCCCGCAGCAUGUUCCUUGGUAGGAAGCCAGUGGCGCAAGAUGGCAGGAUCAAAGAGAGCGCUGAACUCAUGGCAGGGAGAAUCUCCUGUCCUGACAGAGAGGCACUUUAUCAGAUGAACACCCAUGCAGGCAGCAGCGCUGCAGCCCCUCUUCCUCAGGGCGCUCAUUGUCUUAGGCAACCAGCCACUUUGUUCUGACUUGGCAUGUCUGAGCUUCCCAGGAUGCUGAUGUGUGUCAAGCUCCCUCAGAAGUUGUUCUAGACCAAGAAGCUGUGCUAUAAACAGCUGAUGUGAAAGUGAUAGAAGCUUUUCUCUGAGCAUAGUUAUUUCAGCUCAUAACGUACUCUCUAGGGUUUGCCACGCUUUGGUAGGUUGUGACACAUAAAACCUUUUACCAAAUGGCCCAAUUGCAGCACUGAUGGUCUUUGAGAGCAGUCACAUUAAUCUUUGAAGGGAAGCAUUGUUUGGGGCAGAAUUUCCAGGCCAUCCCAGGUCAGAUGUCACUCUGUGCUGUCCCUGCUCAUCCUCUCCUCUGUCCUGCCCUGCCUGCAUCCUCUUCCAGGAUCCCUCUGUAUGUAGCUGGGCCCAGGCAAGGCUGCCCUGCCACCCCCCGGCGCUCGUCUCUGCUCUGUAGCUCACUGCUCCCUGUCAGCUCUGCACUGUGCAGAAAGUAGCAUGGCUUGCAAGUGGACAGGGAAAAUCACUGUAAGGAUGGAGAUAGCUUGGGGAUCAAGCUGCUGCUUCUCCCCACUUGCUGGCUCUUUCCCCGGUUGAAGCCCUUCCAUGUGGGUCUGCAGAGGCUUCCUCUCCAUUUCAUCUUCUCUGUGGCUAACAGAAGGUGCCAGGACAGUCUGCCUUGGUUGCAUGUAUGCACUGCUGCUCUCGCCCACUGCCCUCGGUGUUUAACACAAGGCGAGCCUAAUGCUCAGAUACCGGCUGCCAGACACCCCGCUGCCAGCUCCUGCCAGACUCUGCCUUGCUGCAACAUAUCAGAUGUGGCCACCAGCUCCCAGAAACCUGAGGAAACUUCUGUUGUGAUGCUGAUUUGAUUUCAGACAGUGUCUGGUGACUGCCUGAGCAGUCUUGCCAGCAUAGAAUGAAUUGUUGGUAUUCCUGUCAAUGCAAAAAGCUCCGUGGGUGUUUUAAGUGUGUAUUUGCUCUUCUAAAUCCUUGAAACACAUUGACCCUGUAAAUGGCCACAUCAGGUGAUUCUAAGCAUGUUAAUCCAGCUUCCCUGCCAAGCCGGAGGAGAUAAUCGCAUUGCUCAAGCAUGGGGACAUUGUCAAAUGAUGCUGAGUGGCAAGGAUAUCACCAGCGCUGUCAUCGAGCCCCCCUGCAGACUCCCACUGCUGUGGAUUUGCUGGCCCUUCUUAUCCCACCCCUAAGCAAAAAAAAGGGGGGGCGGGGGGUGGGGUGCGCUGUUAACACUUCUUUCUGUCAUGCUAAACCUGUCCUGGGACUUCCAAGUUGUUGCUUUAGAGAGAAUCUGGCCCCUUUCUGGAAGAUCUUGCAGAGCUGUCAGUGACUGCUCCCUCCGACCGGGGAGGAAAAAAGAUGAAACAAGAAGGCUGGGGCUGAGGGGAGAUAAGGAGCAUGUGUUGGCACAGCUCAAGGGACUCUCUUCUGUGCUUGCAACCUCAGGCACUCUGUGGUCCCCGCUGACGCCCCGCGUUAUCUGCUGGAUAUUGCAGGGGGUGGCAGGUGCCGUCAGCACAAGCAGCGGCUUUGCUGGAAGUAGGGCAGCCCUCAGGAGAUGCCUUCCUUGAGAGGUGUGUUGUCAGCCUGGGGCAAUGGCUAAACGUCCUUUUGGUGGGACCCUUGAUGGGUCUGGUAAAAGCACAGCCCUGAUGUGAGUUAAAUUUGGAGCCCGAAUCCACCAGACCUGGCUCUCGCGGGCUGAGCACACAGGGGCUGGAAGCACCGAAGGGGACAGAGCAUGCAGCAGAACGGGUGGUUUAGCCCAAACCUUCUUUAACAAAUGUAAGAGCUAUGCUAGAGCUUCCCUAAUGUCCUGUAUCAGGAUCUCUCAUCUUCCCCGUCCUCCUGUGGUCUGCAGAAAACCUGAGCGGUGGAAACUGUUUGAGGGAAAGGGAAGGGGUUUUUCGCUUCAGAAGACCGACCUCUCAAUUUAUUCUCCCUUCGCUUUCACUCUAAGUGCUUCCUCUGUGCAAGUGGGCAGAGGACUUGCGUGGCUCCGACGCUUGCGAGAAGAGAGAUGGAGCUGCAGCCUGAUCCGCUUUCCAUGAAAAAUAACAUCCCAACGCUUCCUAGGCAUAUUAGGAAUCACAGCUUGACACUCAAUGACACUAAAUUAUUAUUGGGGUCCUUUGUAAGUUCUAAUCAUACCCUAAUCUAGGUUAAAAUAUUUAUUUUGUCAAUAUAUUUUCUUUCCAGUGUGUUUUUUAACCUCUUCUGUUAACCCUUCAUGUGCUGAGAUGUAAGAAAUGAAUGGUUUCUAUUUAAAUAUAUCCUUUCGGGUUUUUUAAUUGUUAUGUGUAGAUUUCAGCUGCAUCUUUGGCAGGUGUAAUAGAUAACAAUGUGCUGUACAGACAUUUAGGGUGUUUAGUAUGUAGGUAAGGCUCAUAGGAGAAUUGCUCAUAAAAACGUAGCAUGGUGUCUCUUAAAGGGAACAACAUAAAUGCAGAGACUGGUCCUUACUGGGACCCUCACGUAGCCUCCCACAUACCUUUCCCCUUCCAAUUAUCACAGCCUCCAUCUCUGAAAUGUGCUGAUCAAACCCGCUCUGCCAUUUCCAGGGCUGUUUUUACACCUCCAAGCUGAAAAAGGAUUUUAGUGGGGUUUUCUGUUCGUUUGACUUCGUUCAGCUUUUUUUAUGGGAUACAUUGGCUGUUUCCACUUUUAAAUGGAGGAUGCAGCAGAGCUGGCUGCGGUGGCGAGAUGUUUCCCUCCAGUGGUGGAAGAACAGAUCCAGGCGGUGGUUUCAGACCCAGGGCAGGGGUGAUGGUCCCCCUCCGUAAGCUGCUGCAGGAGCUGGGCUCACCCUUCCCUGGCACCCUGGCCAACGCAGCCUGUUCCUGUUCCUCUCUAUUCAAUGCUCUCCUGCUUUCACCCAUGAGGACAGGACAUGCAGACCAGGAGAGCAAACACAGCAGCAUUUUCAACAGUCUUUUUCAUCCGAUGAGUUGUCAAGUCUCUUGCAGCUGCUGGGAGUCCUGUGGAGUGGGAACUGCUUGUGCUAUCUCCAUCCCCAGGCCAGCCUCAUCCAGCUCAGUCAUUGUUUACCUCCUAAAUGCUAACCACAAGGCUUGCGGAGCCUACCCUGGAAAAAAACAGCUCAGGACAGUUAUUUUUAUGGAAAUAAUGAAGCAGGCAAUCAGUGAGUGGAUUUAUAGCCGCCUUGGAGGUAACCCUUCAGCUGCUGGGGGCACCCACCCGCCCUUGCGCACCCCCAGAGGAAAGGAGGCAGCAAUCCCCUUGCCAGGUGCCCAGAGGCAUCGCUGGUGCCCACGCAGCACCUUCCACUCGUCCCUCCCAAACUGCAACCUCCGGAGCGGGCUGUGCCCGCCUGCUCCAUCCCCAGGCUGCCAGCCCCAGCCUCCCCACACCGUGCCCCAGGUUGCCUCUCCAUCCAGGAGAGAGGCGAGGUUGCGUUUCACUGAGAGCCGGCUGGCUUUCGAGCGGUGCCGAGCUCCGGUGCUGGUUCUCUUUAGCCCAUGGCAAACCUAUGCCAGACUUCUCACCCUGCUCUGUGUUUUUAUGAGUACUAGCUCCUCAUUCUGUACAUGUUAUUAUGAGCUAUCGUUAACCCUACAAAUGUAACCUGUGUAAUAGCUUCUCUGUAUAUUACAGCUGUAGGCUUUCCAGAUAAAAGUGGAUAAUAUUUAUUUACUGAAGAUAUUGGAUAUUUUUUUGUUUGGGAAUGGGGCAGGGGGAGAAGGGGGACAUAACUGUUUUAAAGAGAUUGACUGUGUAAAGAGAAACAAAAUACACAAAAAGCAAAGAAACCCAACACUAAAAUGUUGCUGUAUUCACAUAGAAAGUGUUUACGUUAAGGAUGAUACAACUGUAUUAAUCUGCCAUUGUUUAACUUGCUCCAGAAAUCAUCUCUACUUUGGUUCCUGCAUGUGAGAUACUCCAAUAAAUACACUACUAGUGUGACCUGGA